CCAUGGUGCAGCGUCAAGAAAGUUGAAAAAAAUAGAAAUCCAUGAUGGAGACAUCUUCUCGUGAUCAAGCUGGUGGAGGUCUGUGGAACUGUCCUAGAAGGACCCAGUACAGCAAGGAGAUUCAGGACAUGCUGAAAUUAAUGAUGCAAGAGUCGAGACUCACCAACUUCCAGCAAAGACAGCUCAAUGACAAACUUAAGAAGGGAUCAGCUUUGCCAUUGACCUGCAAUCCCACAUCAUCGGCUCCACCCUCACUGCCCAAACCCAAAGUCUUAAAAAAUAGCACAAACCGCACUCCAGCCAAGCCCCUGAGGCGCACCGCUGACAAUUGUAGUUCUGGGGACAACUACACCAGAGAUCGGUUCCGCCCCAGUGCCACGCGAGAUUUAGAGAAGGAGAAGAGGAGGCUCCAGAACAUUCUAGCUACGGGGCAGGAGGAACCCAGACCCAGUCGUCCCAGGAACAUUUCCCUGGACCAGGGCCCAGAGGAGGAGAGGGACCGCUUCCAGGAGGUUUUGGAUGAGAUUGAGGAGAGGAAGGAGUUUCUGGAGGAGAUGACAGCCCUGGGGAAAGGGAAGCAGUAUCGCAACAUCAUCAACACAGAGAUCUCACAGCUAGAUGUGGGUGGGAGAGAGAAGGGCGGGCAAAUGGAGCCUUGUCACUUUGAUUAUGUCCCCGUUUACGUGGAGUUGUGUUCCUGA